AUGGAAAAGAAUCAGAGUGUACGAGAGAGUGAUUUUAGAGCAUUUUGGUUGGCUAGAAAUAAGAUCCUAAAUUGGUUGCUUUACGAAAGGUCGUCCAUUAUCUGUCUCCAGGAAUUUUGGGAUGGAAAUGAAGAGUUGGUGCAUAUGCAUGAAGAAAGGCUUGGUGCUGCAGGCUAUGAUACCUUCAAACUUGCAAGAAGCAACAACCGAGGAGAUGGUUUGUUGACUUCUAUACACAAGGAAUACUUCAAGGUUUUAAACCAUGGGGAGUUGUUCUUCAAUGACUUUGGAGAUCGUGUUGCUCAACUGUUACAUGUUCGAUUAAUUGCACCGUUCUCAAGAAAUCAGAAUGGCAACGUUGAACAAGAAAUUAUCAUUGUCAACACCCACCUUUUAUUUCCCCAUGAUUCCAGUUUAUCCAUUGUAAGACUGCACCAGGUUUACCAAAUACUACAAUAUCUGGAAACAUAUCAGAGAGAAAACAAACUCAGCCAGACGCCUGUCAUACUCUGCAGUGACUUGAAUGGAAACAAGCGUGGACAUGUCUACAAGCUCAUCAGAUCCCAGGGAUUUGUAUCAUCUUAUGAUAUUGCACACGAAUAUACAGACAGUGAUGUGGAUGCUCAUAGGGUUAGUAUAUUCGAUUUCAGAUUUUAUUUUAGUACCUCUUUAUCAAUAUACCACCAUGUUUUUUUGAGUCUGCAAUGCUUACUGAUUAAAUAUGUCGGCUUUCAUCGUCGUGUCUCUGGUAUCCUACAGUGGGUUAGCCAUCAAAAUCACAGGGGAAACAUCUGUGGUGUUGAUUUCAUAUGGCUUUUUUAAUCCUCAAAAAUAAAAAAAACCUUUGAAGAUAAGUUGGGCUGAAGCAGCUUUUGGUAUA